ACUUCUUUAUAUACAGGCAAAAUGUAAACCUCCAAAGUUGUCUCAUUUGAGGUCUACCUAAACAUCCAAAACGAAAAUUGCAAAACAAAUAUGACAAUGUGAUAACUGAGGGAUUCGAACCCUCGCUCUUUCGAACCAGUAAGAUAGAUGAAUCAGGUCAGCCUGAAACUGGCGCCAUAACCACUCGGCCAAGUUACCUCUUCGUCGUUGUAGCUGUCGCGUUGUUUUAGUCUAUAUAUUGCAAAUAUUCAAUGGCUGAAAUCGUUGAUACAACUUUCAACCUCCUGAUGAUUUUUCGGGUCUAAAUUUUGGGACGUAUUUCCUCUCAGAAAACCUAUGAUUAUCCAUCUCUAGCUGACAUUCCACUCUCCAGAUAAGAAUCUGUAAUAGUAACCCAAGGAUAAUACUAAUCGCAAAUGAACAUCUGAAGGCUAGAAAAGAUAUUUACACCUGGUCUGGAAAACACGAUCAAUACCUACCCUCUCUAAGUAUGCUCACCACUACCACAUCUGAACCACUAUAACAUCACCGCAUAUACAUAAAAUUCACCCAAAUACCGAUAAUAAAACCAUACAAAAUAAAGUGAUAUCACACAGACAACAACAACAACAACAACAACAACAACAACAACACCACCACCCAAUCAGCAGACGCAAGAAUUGCUGACUGUAUUCUCAAAAUGAUAAUUUGGAAUAACAUAACAUGUUGGCAGCCAACCGUCAGCAAACACGCCCCAAGUUCAAACUUCCUAUAUUCCCAUAAACUCUUAUACCAUCUCGAAAUUCAAUACCUCAUUCACACCAUCCAACCUAAACAAAAAAUUCCCCAACGUAACCAUCCAUCUAAAUAACCCUCUCCCAAAAUGCGCUGGCCAUUCUCUCCCAAAUAUCCCGAAAAAUCCCCCGAGUACGCUAAUGAGAAAGAAUACGACUAUAUAAUAAUCGGAGGUGGAACCUCCGGGUGCGUUCUCGCUUCCCAUCUCAGCAGCUCCUCCACCCACAAGAUUCUCCUCCUUGAGCGCGGCCCCGCAAAUGAUACCUAUCUCUCUCGUAUCCCGCUUCUUUCUUCUAAUAUCCAUGACACCUCUUCAGGCGCCAAAUCCUGGUUUUGUGCUCCAAUGAAACACUGCAAUGAUUUGGAAUCACUCGUCUUCCGAGCCGAAUUGCUAGGUGGAGGUAGUAGAGUUAACAAUGAAGUGUAUACGCGAGGGACAAAAGGAGAUUAUGAGGGAUGGAAAGAGAUGGGAUGUGAAGGAUAA